AUGUCACCGCCCCGAACUCGCUUCGCCUUCCUCGGGCUGGCCAUUGGCAUCAUGGCACAACAAGAGUAUGGCCACAUCGAAUUCCCCGAACCUACCAUCAUGCCAAGGUACUACCUCGGUGCCCCUCAACCCGCUCUAUACAAAAGGGCGAACAAAUGCCAAGAAGGUCAACAUCAAUGCGUCGACAUCGGCUUCGCGGAUACCUGCUGCGGCAAUGACAAAUACUGCUACGUCGACCACGCCUCCGCAACAGUGAGCUGCUGUCCGCUCGAACGCAACUGCGACUCCACCUGCGGUUCAACCGCCUACUACUGCCCACAGACGACUUCCACAGUGAGCGCCGGGUCGACAAUCACGUCCAUCGUCCCAUAUUGUUGCCCGCGAGCCUGCACCUCCAAGUCAUUCUACAGGUGCGAAGCAUCCCUGGGAGGCCAGUGCUGUCCCUAUGACCACGACUGCGCCAACUCCAUCUGUCUCUCCACAAAGACCACGGCCGCUUCUCCGAGAGUAACGGCCCUCGACGAAGGCUGCACCACGAGCCAGACGAAAUGCGACGACGGGAAGGGCUGCUGUAACGUCUGGAUGGAAUGCACGAGCGUAAGCGGUGAGGCGGUCUGCGCCCCAGGCCCGUCCAUAUCGACCGUUCCCGACGGAAAUGGCGGAGCGUCGCUCUCCGAUGGAGCCAAGGCGGGGAUUGGCGCUGGUGUCGUCAUUGGCGUGUCGGCUGUCACGGCGGGAUUAACCUGGCUGUGGCUAUCAAAAAGACGACGUGCCCGCGCGGCCGCCAUGUCGCAGGCUAGUGGGGAUGACGACCUUAUGGAGGAGGUAGGCUCUCCCGACCCACGCGCUACGGGUCUUGCCCGAGACUACUCUGGACCGGAUCCGGUAGCCGGUCCGUUUACGGAACAUGGUCCCCAUGAGACCCCGACGCCGGGCCGGGGAGUGCCGGCGCAGCCCCACGCGCCCGGGGACAUUGCGGCGCCGGUGGAGAUUGACUCGCGGAACGUCGUGUCUCCUAUACCGGCUGAGCUGGAAUCUCCAGUGCCCAUGUCGCCGUACAGCCUGCCCUCGUCAACGGCCCUGACGACGGAAAACCGGGCGGAACUGUAUGGUUCCGAGGUUCCGAUCGCCGAGUUCCCUGUAAAUGAGGAGGUUGUUUCACCGCCUGUGUCGCCGGAACCGGGAGCGGCACCAAAAGUGCCCAAGACACCAUGA